AAUGAUGUCGAUGUAAUAUCAAGGACUGAUGACAAAGAACUUCUCCGAUGAGAAGGAUAAUUAGUUAGACAUGUUAUUAUCAAUGUUGUAUUUUCAAACUAUUAAACAUUUACUUAAGUUUCUAUAUGUAGUUGAAAUGGACGCUUAGCAAAAUGACAGCUGUAAUUAAACCAGCCGACUUAGAUCAGAGCACAGAUGUCCACAAGACGUAUUCCAAUGCAAGUUAUUAUUUCACUGAGAAGUUAUAUCUAAAUGAUACCUCAUCAAUUUACUAAUGUAGUCAUAUCUCUAGUAUAUUGAUGCAAUACGUAAUUUUAAAGCACCGUUCAUUCAUCUCACGCAGAUACCAUUUAACCAGACAUAAUCAUCAUGCAAGUUCUCAUACAAGCAGCCACUGUGCUGAAGAAAAUGAUCCUAUGGCGAUAGUGAACACGGUCAUGCUAAAGAAGAUGACCGACCUGGUGCCCAGCGUCGUCCUCACCUCGUUAUCAUCGAUGACUGGUCGGCGAAUCGGGAAAAUAGAAGCGUAUCCGAGCCACAGAAAAGAGAGAAUGAGGGAGAGACAUCGGGGUCACAUCUUCAACUUGCUGUAGUCCGUAUGAGCAAAAUAAAAUUCCUUUCACAGGAAAAAGGGAGUUGUUCAUCACGGAAGUGUUGAUACUAGCCGCCGCUAUACUAAAGCUGAAUGGAACUGGACAGAGACAGCGACUUUGAGGGCGCGGAUCUCGUCAGAUACCGCCCCAUGACCACCUUAGUAAAUACAGAAAACCUCUACGACAUGGUCAAUUUGGUACGCCAGAGAAGACCAAAUCUGCUAAUUGUAGAUGAUUGGAUGCCCCAAUCAACAGCCCAAUUCCUGGGAAGAGAUAAUAUGCCAAGACCAGACGAGGCGGUUGGUGACCUUUUGGGCCUCAUAUUUCUAUUUCAACAGGGCAUGAGUGAUCCAAUGCCAGGCCAACGAACCCGCAUUCACUUGUGCAGUUCCAGCAGCUAUCUAGGCAUAAGAGAGCAGCAGGACAGGGCCGCCACCUUCACCAAUGUCUUGGAAGUGCACUUUUACGGCAACGACGAACGCCUAUCACAAAGACAGGCAAGAUAUGCUGCCAUCAUUCAAAGUGCCGCCAGUGAAACCCUGCGGUCCCCAACACCAAGAAGAACCGCCCAGAGACUGAUUUACUCAUCGGACUCUGACUGGGAUGCUGAGGACAAUACACCCAUUGUCCCAUAUAAACACCCAGUCGGAGCCGAUGAGGAGUCAGCAUCGGAAGACGACGAGAGCUACGAACCUAUCCCCCCCCCCGGAGCGAAACUCAUCCCUGCGGGGAUGGAAGAUGAUGACGAUCACGCUGAUGACCUUCCAGAUCUGAAUUGAAGAAAGCCUAAGGACUAUAUACAAUUGUCACGAAAGACUGUAGUUGUCAUUAUUGUUUCAUUUUUCUGCAUGAUUUACCUUCUUACCAAACGUUGAUUUCUUUUUCUUUUACUUUAACAACAUUGCACCAAAGUCCAUCCUUAACGUGAGAUGUGAACCACAUGUCGCCCUAAUUUUGUUAUAAAAAUGCAGCAUUCUGCCGCAUUCGAGGUGUUCGGCGAGUCGGGAAAAUAACAGCGUACCCAAGCCGUUGGAAGGAGACAUUGAGGGAGAGACAUUGUGGUCACAUCUAUAACUUGAUGUAGUCCGUGUGCGCACAAUAAAAUUUCUUUUAGAGGGAAAAGAGAGUUGUUCAUAACUUUACAGUGACCCGCUUUUAUCACACGUAGAAGCCCCCGUCACAAUACACCUAUAAUCCCAUACAAACACCCAGUCGGAGCCGAUGAGGUGUCUACAUCAGAGGAGGAAACGUAUGAACCAAUUCCACCCGGAGCCAGACUCAUACCCGCUGGGAUGGAAGAGGAUGAUGAUCUUCCAGAUCUAGAAUAACAGACUAUGUCAGAUUUUCAUGGAAGAGACUGCAGUUAUCUUUAUUAUUUUGUUUUCCGCAUUAUUUUUUGUGCCAAACAUUGAUUUCUUUUUUUUACUUUAAACAACUUUGCCACCAUACCCCCUUUCCACCUUGCCUUUUUGAGAGAAAUAAACCCUACAAUUAUUAAGUAAUAUUGCUUGUUCUCUGUAUUAUCGAUUUGGACGGAGCCAAAUUCUUCGAGGACGAAAGGUUAUAUAACACGGUAGUGUUACAAAUUUUAGUAAGAAUUUAGUUUAAGUUUUAAGUUUUAAAACAGGUAAAAUUCAAAAGUUACAAUAAGAUCUCGGAAAUAACAAAAGUCUCAUUAGACGUUCAAGCACUGACCAAACAUAAUAACCUUCCGAUCUCAAGCCAGCGAAUAACCAGGGUACCGUAAUUAAUGACCUCUAGUGGUCGGCAAAUGCGUCACCUAAAUAGCAAGCAAAGUGGACAGAGCAACUGCGGUUGUAUAUAGGAAAGUGUAAUUGAUUAUCUCUAGAUGUCGUAUAUUAGUAUUUAAUAAGCACUUCGCUAGACCCAGGAAAAUGACCAGUUCCGGUUCAGUCAAAAUUAAAUAUUAAAAAUCAAAGAACCGGGCAAAUCACAAUAUUUUAGUCGAAGGUCGAGAAUCAGUAUUUCUAAUAAAAAAUGUUGAAUCAAAAUUCCCAUCCAUGACGUGAGAUGUGAACCACCGGUCGCCCUAAUUAUUAUAAAAAGGCAGCAUUUUGCCGCAUUCGGGGUGUUCGGCGAGUCGGCAAAGUAGUAGCGCAUCCGAGCCAUAGAAAGGGAAAACUGAGGGAGAGACACCGUGGUCACAUCUUCAACUUGAUGUAGUCCGUAUGAGCAAAAUAAAAUUCCCUUCACAGGAAAAAGCGAGUUGUUCAUAACUUUACAGUGACGCGCUUUUAUCACACGUAAAAGCCCCCGUCACAAUAUUCAAUAUAACGUCAGAAUGUACCGGAGGAAGCGACGAGAGAACAUUAAAUGUUAGAAACUAGCUAUUGUUGUCAGCGUUGGAUUUGUUCAUAGCGAUUUACACGUAACUAUUUUGACCACAAACUUGGAAGGUAAUAUUUACGCGUUAUUCAAACUAAAAGUAUUCAACGGUGUCCGUAUUUCGAGUAUAUUUUUUAAUUUGAUUCAUAGUUAAUUUUUGCGCGGUCACUAGGCCUUAUCUCCAUCUGGAUUCGUAGAAAAAUGACACACUAUAUUGUUUCAGCAAACCUCUCUGAUCAUGUGUUGCAGAGCGUGAGCAGAUUUUUAUGAACAAACAUUCAGACCCAUUUGGCGUCUGUAUGUUACUACACGACAAGGUGGUUUCUAAAUGAAAUGAUUAAAACAUAAUACACAUGACUUACAUGAUAAACAUGAUGUUUUUGUUGGAGAAACCCACUAGAAUUUCUUGAAUCCAGAUACUUGAAAAAAAAAAAA